CAUUUUCCUCAUAUGUUCGCUGGGUCCAAGCCCAGACUUGGCUGUGAGUGCUUGGGUGCUGUGGAGGGACCUCUUAGUGACAGCCUAUUUCCUUCCGAGUCAGAAGCAAACCCAAGGCUCCUAGUCAGGUGACCGUGAAGCGCCGCCACCAUGUUUUUCUCUCCAGGUGGCUGCGCUUCAGGUACAAAGUAUUUCAGUGAUGGGUGAGGUCAGAGCUGUUCUACCCAGUUCUUCUUUUUGGCUUGCACCCUUGGGAGAGCACCCUCCACCUCGGAGCAGGAGGACGAAAGGGCAGCACGACAAGCCUAUGUUCAAUCACUACGGGUUGUUGCUGCCACAGCACCGUUCAGACCACACUGCUAGGCUGUGUGACUGGAGGCCAGCAUUCCCACGCUCAGCCGGGAUUCCCACGCUCAGCGGUGUUCACAUGUGGAGCUGAAGUUCACUUGCAGCGGGGUGUCGGGAGAACCCGAGGGCUGGUCUGCUGCUCCUCGACUAAGGCUUCAGAGCAUCACACAGUCAGCCCUCCAGUGUUAUGAUGUAUCCAGCUGGCCCAGGAUCUGGUGACUCCCCGGAGGGCUUCCCUGAACAGCCGAGGCUCCAGCCACAAAUUGGAAAUGGCACAGCUCAGACACUGGAUGCUUUCUUUACAUGUCGAAAAAAUGCCCUUCUGGCGAAGAGCUCGUCCCCCCAGGUAGAGGGUAACUUUGCCAUGGCCCCUCGGGGGCCUGACCAAGAGGAGUGUGAGGGCCUGCUGCAGCAGUGGCAAGAAGAAGGUUGGAGCCAGGCACUCUCGACUGCGAGUGAGGGUCCUCUUGCAGAUAAAGGACUAGCUGAGAGCAGUCUGGCACUCCUGAUGGAUAAUUCUGGAGAACAGGAUGCUGCCUCGGAGGACAAGUGGUCCAGCAGGCAGCUGAGUGACCUUCGGGCAGCAGAGAACCUGGACCAGUCUUUCCCUGAGGUGCCAGGGGAGGAGCCACUGGCCGAGGUUGAGGGCCCUUUGUGGGCAGCUGUCCCUGUGCAGACAGGGCCCCAGUAUGCAGACUGCGCUGUCCUCCCAAUGGGCGCAAUGGCUGCAGAGCAGUGGGAAGAGGACCCUGCAAUGGUGGCCUGGAGUAUAGCACCGGAGCCUAUGCUCCAGGAAGAGACUUCCAUGUGGCCCUUUGAAGGCCUGGAGCAGCUGCAGCCUCCCCCGAUGGAAAUACCCUAUCAUGAAAUCCUGUGGCGAGAAUGGGAGGAUUUCUCCACGCAGCCAGAUGCUCAGGGUCUGGAGGCAGGGGAUGGCCCUCAGUUCCAGUUCACUCUGAUGUCGUAUAACAUCCUGGCCCAGGAUCUGAUGCAGCAGAGCUCAGAGCUCUAUCUGCAUUGCCAUCCAGAUAUCCUCAACUGGAAUUACCGCUUUGCCAACCUCAUGCAGGAAUUCCAGCACUGGGACCCUGAUAUCCUGUGUCUUCAGGAAGUCCAGGAAGACCAUUACUGGGAGCAGCUGGAGCCCUCUCUGCGGAUGAUGGGCUUCACCUGUUUUUACAAGAGGAGGACUGGCUGUAAAACGGAUGGCUGUGCUGUGUGCUACAAGCCCACCAGGUUCCGUCUGCUCUGUGCCAGCCCUGUGGAGUUCUUCCGACCUGGGUUGGAGCUCCUCAAUCGGGACAAUGUGGGCUUAGUGUUGCUGCUGCAGCCGCUGGUCCCAGAAGGUCUGGGGCAAGUCUCAGUGGCUCCCCUAUGUGUGGCAAAUACCCACGUCCUGUACAACCCGCGUCGGGGUGAUGUCAAGCUGGCCCAGAUGGCCAUUCUUCUGGCCGAGGUGGACAAGGUGGCCAGGUUGUCAGAUGGCAGCCACUGCCCUAUCAUCUUGUGUGGGGACCUGAAUUCUGUCCCUGACUCACCUCUCUACAACUUCAUCAGGGAUGGAGAGCUCCAGUACAAUGGGAUGCCAGCCUGGAAGGUUUCUGGACAGGAGGACUUCUCUCAUCAGCUUUACCAGAGGAAGCUGCAGGCCCCACUGUGGCCCAGCUCCCUGGGCAUCACUGAUUGCUGCCAGUAUGUCACCUCCUGUCAUCCCAAGAGAUCAGAGAGACGUAAGUAUGGCCGAGACUUCCUGCUACGAUUCCGCUUCUGCACCAUCGCCUGUCAGCGGCCGGUAGGACUGGUCCUCAUGGAGGGAGUGACAGACACUAAGCCAGAUCGACCUGCUGGUUGGGCCGAGAGUAUCUUUGAGGAAGAGAUAUCAGAACUUGAGCCUGUCUUCUCCAGGACUAUAGGCACCAUCCAGCACUGCCUCCACCUGACCUCAGUAUAUACCCAUUUCCUGCCCCAGCAUGGCCGCCCAGAGGUCACAACGAUGCCCUUAGGUCUUGGGAUGACGGUGGAUUACAUUUUUUUCUCAGCCGAAUCCUGUGAGAAUGAGAAUCGAGCUGAUCACAGGCUGGAUCGCGAUGGGACUCUCAAGCUCCUGGGCCGCCUCUCCCUCCUCUCUGAAGAGAUUCUCUGGGCUGCCAAUGGCUUACCCAACCCCUUCUACUCUUCAGACCAUCUCUGCCUGCUCGCCAGCUUCGGCAUGGAAGUCACUGCCCCAUGAGGGCCCCAGGGAAAGAACUCACUGGAUGGACGACUGCAAAGGCCCGUGCUGUGGAAACUUCUGUCCCUCCCCUCAUUUCCUCCUGCCCGUGGUUAGACUCUCUCCAGGCCUGUCCACGUUCUCUGCCUGUGGUCCCUGCCCUGCCCCAACCUCUUCCCCAUCCUGUGCCACAUGCUAGGUGGCCCUGGGAGAGGUGGAAAGCGUUCCUCUUCCUUCCAUGUACCCAGAGCCCCUCCCCCAUUGAUGUUUAAUGACCAGGGUUGCGGGAGUUAUUGAUCUCAUUGGUUAUUUGCUUUCAGGCCAUUUCUUGGUGACACCCUCUGACCUAACUUCUCCCUCCCUUUAUGACCUCUGGGCUGGCAUACACAUGCAAGGUGUGUGUAAAGCAUGAGUUCUCUUGGGGUGGGACUGCCCAGCACUGCCAGGCCUGCCUCUGCCUAGUCCACAUGCCACCAUGAGGUGCUGGGGUAAGGGCAGGUUGAGAGCAUGGCACAGGCGCUGUGUGCUACCUGGAGGCAGCAGGUGUAGGACCCUUUACCCUCCAAGGUUCCUUAGUCAGCUAGGCAGCCUGGCAUACUUGUGAUUUCUGCAGACAGAUUGGCCACAGCCUGGAGCAGCAGCUCAGGGAUGCACCAUAUACCAGCACUCCUCAGACCUGGAUGAUUUUGGUAGGACUUCUCUGAGGAAGGCAAUUUGAAGUCUUGUGUUGGGGUUCAGUGGGCUGGCACAGUGGUGUGAAGUUUAAAGCAUUUUAGGAAAAGAAGAAUGAACCUUCAUGGAACUGUAGUCUCACUGGACUCUGCAGAACUGGGCAAGAGUUGGAGUCCCAGUAGAAAGAGCAAGAGGCUGUACAGCUGCCUUCACCAGGACUGGAGCCCCAGGGGGCGCGUUCUCUGACCUUUGCGCACCUAAGAGAGUUUCUUUUCUCCUUCUCACUCUACUCCCCCGCCCCCGUCUCCUGCCUUCCUUGUUCUUCUGUUUCCUCUCUAGAGAAGACUGCUGUUCAGUCACUCCAAACCAUCUCAAGAGCCUGGCUUUGGGCAAACUAGGUCCAAGAACUCAGGGUGAAAGUGCUUGCAGAUUUGCUCUGCCUUUCCUCCCCAGACAUGGGACCCCUGAUCCACUCGAGACCCCUGUAGCCCGUGCCAUGUCACCUGCAUGCCUUACUCAUCGCCGGGGUGCGGCGGGGUCCUUGGGCAGAUCCUCCGCACAGCUUUAACUCAGUGUCCGCUGGCCCUCGUUGGUUUGUCCACUCCAUUUCCCCCGGAGACUGGAGGCUGUGCCUAGGGAUGGUGGGCCAGAACUUUUCCUUUCUUUGAAAACCAAAGCCCUGGCUGGAAUGCUGCUGCACUGCUGAUUCUCAGCUUCCCGAGCUCAGGUUCUGGGGGACCUUCUUUUCCUGUGUGUGUCUGUUUUUAAGUUUUGUUUUCUGGGUACUGGACAUACGCCUGUCUGAGCCCCAGGCCUGUCUGUCCACGGCCCAUUUUUCACCAUCUCUCUCUCUGGUACCUCCUGAGAUGGUUUCACAACCGUGCCCUGUCCUCAGGACAAGGGCCAAUGACUAGUCCCUCUGCCAGGAAAUGCAGGUUCGGCUGCUAAAGAAGGUGGAGGGCUAGAGUUUGAUGGUUUAUCUUUUCCCUGUUUCUUACUUGUUUCUGUUAUAGAAAUGAAGUGUGGGGGUUUAAAAGGCAUUUAAACUGCGCUCUGUAGCCGGCAGAACCAGGCAACGUUUUUCCCAAUAAAGGCUUAUCAUGCCCCCUC